AUGUCUGAGCUCUUAUGCAAAGCCCAGCGUGGAGAGCCGAGAGGCUUGAUCGAUGGAGGCGCGACGGCUUGCCUCAGAGUUGCGCUGGAUCACGAGGUUGGACUUCCUCAGGUGGUGGUGAAGUUGGCCUGUGGGGAGACUUCGUUGUGUGUAAAUCCACAGGGUACCCUCCUAAGUAAGGUCUACGUAUCGCCAAUCUUGUCAGUCAGAGCGUUAUUGUCGUUGGGUUACCGAAUAGAAUGGGACUCCGCAAAAUGCAGGAUCUACCAUGCAGUGAAAGGCGACCUAGACAUUGAUGUGAGUAGCGGCUGUCCGGAGGUCACGGAGGCCAAAGCACUUGAACUGAUAUCCCAGUAUGAAGAUCUGGUGCGCAGCCGUGAGUUGCGGAGCAUCCGGGUUCACUCCAUUAUGCAGGACCUGUCGUCUAGGACCGAUGAUGAAUUGGCAAGCUUGAUCAUUCAGGGAGACACCCAGGCAGAUGCAUCGCUGCAGAUGCUGCUGACCAGAUUGUUUCCGGAGACCAGCAGUGACUUGACCGCGCAGGCGGCGAUAUCUUUGCAGGACCAGGAAGGUGAGCCGUAUGCGUGGAAUAGGCGCAUGAGACGCAAGUGUGAUAAAUCGGAUGGGGUUCUUGUUCACUUGUUUCGCGGAAGCAAUAAGAGGGUCUUUGAGGGCUUAGCUGAGCGCAGCAAGGUGACUGUGCUCUCAGUGGACAAGCCUGAGGAUUUGCUUUCAGACAACACAUUCAGGUACCUGAUGCAGCAAGCUUCUAAGGGUAGAGUGAAGGGAAUAGUGGCUUCUCCUCCUUACAGAACUUUUGCAUUGUGCAGAUAUCUGAGUGGGACUGGUGAUGAUGGACUUCGUCCGUUGAGAGUUCGAGGGGAAAGCAUUGGGGAGACCAGGUCCAUUGAGCUGGGAUGCAAGGAACAGGCGCAAAGGCGCACGGAUGAUCUUGUGCUGAUGCGAACUAUGGUUCUGAUGAUCGUUGCCGCUGCAUCCAAUAGGGCGCUGAGGAUUCAUCAUCCUUUGUGUGCCGUUGUGCAUCCGGAGGAUCCCACGGAGGAUCCGGUUGAGUGCUGGGAUAAUCGGGAAUUGGAGGAUCCGGGUACUGGGUAUGCGACCUUGUGGGAGACGCCGGAGUGGAAGUCAGUGGAACGAUUCUUGGGGUUGCAGGGAAUUUCCUUCAGACAGGGAGUGAAGGGUCAGGGUAUGGUGCGACCGACUAGGAUGUGCACCAAUAUGGCUCCAGACCCUUUGCUGAUCAAUGGCCGCGAGGGACUUCAGUACUUUAAUGGGCUGGAGAGCUCGAUGAGACCCGAAUGCGGUUCGGAAGUUUCCGGUUACGACUGUUGGGGAGAAUGGUCGUGUGCUCUACAGUCUGCCAUUUGCAGCAUGCUUUGGAGGGAACUCCGGGAGCAAGGCUUAUGGGGGGAAGGCAGACUUCGGGCAUUGGAUCCUGGGUUCAUUGAGCACGUACGGCAGGGCCACAUGCCUUUUCGUCGCGACUGCAAGCAAUGCUUGCAGGGCAGUGCCAGACACAGGCAGCACCGCAAAGUUCUUGCGCCUCAGGCAUGGACUCUAAGUCUUGAUACGGCCGGGCCUUUUCCGGCGGGUGUCGAUGAAUCGGAGUGCCAGGCGAAAUACUUGAUCGUAGCAGUGUUGUCAGUUCCAAUUCUGUCUACAGAGGGUCAUGUGGUGACUGAGCCAGCCGAUCGAGAUCCUGCUAUUACGGUCGAGGCUUUUGCAGAAUCCCUUGAUGAUAAGGAGUGGUUUCUUGGCAAGGGCAUGGAACUGGAGGAUCCACCUGAUGAGUUCACGGCUGCAGAACUUAAAGAGGCGAAGGAGGCUUGGAAUAGCUGGCAAAAGAUUGUUGCUAUGAGCCGAAAGGAGUGGAUGGAGGAAGCAAAGGUUCAUUACCUUCCAAAAGUGGAAAUGGUAGAUAUGGUUUAUACUGAGCCGGAUUUGAACGAGUGGCCGUUGGCGGCCAAAUUGGCGGCAUACCAGAUGCGUGGUCAGGCGCGGAAGCGCCUCAAGAUGUCGACUGAACCGUGUAUGGGAGACCAAAACCAUUGCUGCGCACACGAAGUGCCCGUCUACGGACAGCUCAAAGGGUGCGACACCAAAGAUCACUUGUAUCUCACAAAGUAUUUGACAGGGUCAGUGCCAAACAUUGUCUUGCCUAUAGUUGCCUCGGGUGGAGGCUUGUGGAUUCAGGAUCGCCCCGAUGCGGGCUUGCAAGGGGUGAGUCCAUCUGCUGAGGAGGUCCGGGUUUGGUUGCACAAGGAGCUGAGGCUAGAGGUAGAGGUGCAGAGGCACAAGGUCGCUGUGUGUGAGGAGUUUCCAGCUCGGUGUCCCAAGAAGGAUGACCCACUUCCUUAUGAGGUUCCAAAGGUCCUGCAGCGUCUUUCCUUGUGCCCAUCGUCGGGGUCUGCCGAGGGUGUAAGCUAUAGCCUUGAUCGGGUUAGCUGGCAAAUGGGUGAGGAACUGGAGGAGGUUGUCGACGCCAUGACCAAUGCGCACUAUGUCCGAAGUAAAAUGCUAGAGGUUUCCUAUGAGGAUGUUGAAGGUUGGCUUAAAGGCUGCGACGAAGCUAUCUUCAAUGAGGUUCAGGAACUAGAAAGGGAGCUUCAAAUUCUUCAGGGCGGCGAACAAGAAGCUUUGAGGAGGCUUGUGCAAGUCGAAGGUGGUAGGGCUCGGCAGCCGCGUGUUUGCAGCGCAACAGUGUCAGAUGAGGGCGAUGAUGGACCAGCGUCUCAAGGAGCAGAUGAUUCCCCGCCUCUUCAGACCAAGAUUGUGUCGCAGCAGCAGGUCCGACAGGAGCUGGGGAAGUGGCAAAGUUCAAUGAGUGAAGAAGUGGAGUCUUUGGUUCAGAAGACAGAAGCUGUUGAAGAUCUCACAGAGGCUCAGUACAACGAGUUGGUAAGUGACGGUUCAGUGCAUGUUGAGUUGAUCCCCGGAAAAAUGGUAUAUGUUUGGAAGCCCAGCGGGAGACGCAGGGCGAGGAUGGUUGGCUGUGGGAAUUUCUGUGAGCAUGAUAGCAGCGCUCCCAAAGCAGACCUCUUUGCCAGUGGAGCUGGGGCAGAAUCCAUUCGUAUGAUGAUCCGUAAAUGUGCUAUGGAAUCAUCUUGGAGCCUGGUUUCGGUUGAUGUGAAAACGGCCUUCUUGCAGGCGCCACUCAUGGAAAUGCAGAAAGGUGGUAGGGAGAAGGUUACUGUGGUUAAGGUUCCAAGCAUAUUGAGGGAGGCAGGGGUUACUACAACCAAGUACUGGAAAGUCAAGAAGGCCCUUUACGGCCUGAACUCGGCCCCGCGCUCGUGGAGUACUUACAGAGACAGGGUUAUGACAGAUCUUUGUAUUGAACAUGGUGAUAGCUUUCUGAGGCUUCAAAAGUUACCGGAGGAUGCCAACCUCUGGCACAUCCUUAAGUAUCCGCGGGAAGGCAUAGAUCCUAAGACGAGCGCUGGCGCACCAGGGUCUCAGCGAGGUCAGCACAUUGGGAUCAUAGCUUUGUACGUGGACGAUAUCUUGAUUGCAUCAGAGAAGGAUGUAUCCCAAGCUAUUGUUCAAGGACUGGAGUCACAUUGGGAAUUGUCAACUCCAGACUGGUUGUCAGUGGAAGGCGAUUGCCUGAAGUUUGCAGGCUUCGAACUUGAAAAAACAAGCUUGGGAAUCCGUCUCCACCAGGAAAGCUACACCAAGGACCUCCUUGAUCAAUGUCGUGAUACUGUACAGGGGGUGGAGCGAGUGCCAGCAGUCAAGAUGAGUGAAUGUGAGGACCCGGCUGAUCGGGAUGAGCAGCUGAAACUUACAAAGAGAGCUCAGUCCCUCGUGGGGCAGCUGCUGUGGCUUUCGGGUCGGACACGCCCGGAUAUAAGUUAUGCUGUAAGUGUUGCUGCGCAAAAGAUCGUGCCAUCCCCUCGGGAAGCAGUGGAAAGGGCAGAGCAUGUGAUCAAGUACCUCCGGUAUGCCCCUGGAAUAGGCCUUCACUACAAGAUGCCGACGGGUCGGUGCGGCAAGUGGGAACAGCUGAAAUUCCGGGAGCUGGGAGAAAGCUUGGAUGCUUUUUCAGAUGCUUCAUUUGCUGCGGAUGAAAGGAGUCGCAGUUAUGGGUGCAUUCAACUGUUUUGGGGAGGCGCACUUGCUUGGCAAAGCUAUGAGACCUACCGUUGCAGCGUUGAUGACUUAGAAGAGGGUCGUUGGCAACUGACGCAUCUUGACGGAGUCUACAUGCCAGCGGCGGUUGCUCCUCCCGUGUCGGAGACUGAACAGCAAAUGCUUUGGGACAUGUACGAGCGGUUGUAUGCAGAACAGGUCCUGUUUCCGGUGCAUGAUCCACAAAUUGCUAGAGCACCAACCGUUCCCAUGCCUCCCGAAAACCGCUAUCCUAUUGUGUUGCUUCAGCCCGAUCCUGAGCCCCAGCUUCCACCUCGGGUGAACCGAAUUGCGUAUGUCGAUGACGAAGUGGAGCUGGACAGCAGUGCCGAUGAGGCGGAAUCGACUCAGACAUUGCGGGACUCCGAGUUGUCAGGGGUGAGCGAGGAUGGCUUGGAAGCUGCUGAAGAUAGGAGGGACGCGGAUGGUGUGAUCGAGCGGCCGGUCGACGAUGACGAGGUGCCCAAGACCAGCUUGAGGCUGGUGAAGCUCAAGGCGGUCUUGUGGGUCCUCGAAAUAAGGGAGUCGAUAGGAAAGGGCAUCUGGAAGCGGCCAUAUCGAUGGAGCUGA